AAAGCAACAGAGAUAGAUAUCCACCGCACCUGUGAGCUCCCAUGGUGGUUCUUCACACGCUUCUUUGGGCCCCUCCACCUCCACCUCUUCCAUACUAAAUACUCUCUCCACCCCUCCUAACAAUUUCUGUAUAUUUCUCGCAGAUUCAUCAGAUCCCAACCCAUAAAGCAAAUUCUGCAAAAAGCAAAAGCAUUCCUGCUCUGCAAACCCCUCUUUCCUUUGCUUUCCCCCUCUCCUUUUCUCUUCUUUUCCUUCUUUUCCCUCUUUAUCCUCACCCCUUCAUUCCCUUCUCUUCGUUAAACAUCACCACUUUCUCUUUUCCUCUCCUGGGGUUCUGUCGGCGAUGAUUUUUUUCCCUCCAAAAUCCCUCUCAAUCGCCCUCACCCCAUUUUAGGGUUCUGGCACAUAGAUCUGAUACUAUCCGACAGGAACUGUUUGGAUUUCUUUGUACUACUUUUGAGGCUUCUGAGAACUUUUUGACAUAAUUUGGAUUCAGCUUCAGAUUCUGUGAGGAAAUCGGACUGUUUUCGACUGCUAGUUAUUUCAGAUUCGGGUCUUUUUCCGUAUCACCGAGAUGAUGCAGAGGCCACCACCGGAGGACUUUCUAUUGAAGGAGACCAAUCCCCAUCUUGGUGGGGGUAAGGUCACCGGAGAUAAGCUCACGAGCACGUAUGACCUCGUUGAGCAAAUGCAGUAUCUCUACGUUCGUGUUGUAAAAGCGAGAGAUUUGCCUGGAAAGGAUGCUACAGGCAGCUGUGACCCUUAUGUGGAAGUAAAGCUCGGAAACUACAAGGGUACGACUCGACAUUUUGAGAAGAAGUCAAAUCCUGAAUGGAACCAGGUUUUUGCGUUUUCGAAAGAUCGGAUUCAGUCUUCAGUGCUUGAGGUUACUGUGAAGGAUAAAGAUUUUGUGAAGGAUGAUUUCAUGGGUCGUGUUUUAUUCGACAUGAAUGAGAUUCCAAAACGUGUUCCACCCGACAGUCCAUUGGCUCCUCAAUGGUAUAGAUUGGACGACAAAAAAGGCGUUAAACUGAAAGGAGAGCUAAUGUUGGCUGUUUGGAUGGGCACUCAAGCUGAUGAAGCAUUUCCUGAAGCGUGGCAUUCAGAUGCUGCGACCGUUAGUGGAACCGAUGGUCUAGCGAAUAUCCGAUCGAAGGUGUAUCUUUCACCCAAGCUCUGGUAUUUACGGGUUAACGUCAUCGAAGCUCAGGACUUACAGCCUACUGAUAAGGGUCGAUACCCGGAAGUCUUUGUGAAGGCUAUCCUGGGAAAUCAAGCUUUGAGAACACGAAUUUCGCAGAACAGAACAAUCAAUCCUAUGUGGAAUGAGGAUUUGAUGUUUGUAGCUGCAGAACCAUUCGAGGAACCACUGAUUUUGAACGUUGAGGACCGUGUUGCUCCAAAUAAGGAUGAAACCCUUGGUCGAUGUGCAAUUCCUUUGCAAUACGUUGACCGGAGAUUGGACCAUAAACCCAUCAACAGCAAAUGGUUCAAUCUCGAGAAGCAUGUCGUCCUUGAAGGCGAAAAGAAAAAAGAACUCAAGUUCGCUAGCCGAAUUCAUAUGAGGAUCUGUUUGGAAGGCGGUUACCAUGUUUUGGAUGAAUCUACACACUACAGCAGUGAUCUUCGACCUACGGCGAAAGUAUUGUGGAAGCAGAGCAUUGGGGUGUUGGAGUUGGGUGUCCUCAACGCUCAGGGACUGAUGCCUAUGAAGACUAAAGACGGUCGUGGGACGACAGAUGCAUAUUGUGUAGCGAAAUACGGGCAGAAGUGGGUUCGAACUAGGACGAUCAUCGAUAGCUUCACACCGAAGUGGAAUGAGCAGUACACUUGGGAAGUUUUUGAUCCUUGUACGGUGGUUACGAUCGGUGUUUUUGAUAAUUGUCAUUUGCACGGAGAUAAAGGUGCAGGGACGAAAGAUUCACGGAUCGGGAAGGUGAGGAUACGUCUUUCAACUCUCGAAACGGAUCGGGUUUACACACAUUCGUAUCCUCUUCUAGUUUUACAUCAAAAUGGAGUGAAGAAGAUGGGUGAGAUACAUUUGGCAGUGAGGUUCACUUGCUCAUCCUUACUGAACAUGAUGCAUAUGUACACACAUCCUCUGCUUCCCAAAAUGCAUUACAUUCAUCCUUUGACCGUGAGCCAGCUCGAUAGCUUAAGGCAUCAGGCGACUCAGAUUGUAUCGAUUAGACUGAGCCGGGCCGAGCCACCGUUGAGGAAAGAGGUAGUCGAAUAUAUGCUGGACGUCGGCUCCCACAUGUGGAGUAUGCGAAGAAGCAAAGCGAAUUUCUUCAGGAUUAUGGGAGUUUUAAGUGGAUUAAUAGCAGUAGGGAAAUGGUUUGAUCAAAUUUGCAACUGGAAAAACCCGAUUACCACCGUACUGAUACACAUCCUGUUCAUAAUACUCGUCAUGUACCCCGAGCUCAUCCUGCCCACCAUUUUCCUCUACCUGUUCUUGAUCGGAGUUUGGUACUACCGAUGGAGGCCGAGGCAUCCGCCACACAUGGACACCCGUCUGUCACACGCAGACUCUGCACACCCUGAUGAACUCGAUGAAGAAUUUGACACAUUCCCGACAUCGAGGCCUGGUGACAUAGUGAGGAUGAGGUACGACCGACUAAGGAGCAUUGCUGGGAGGAUUCAGACCGUUGUUGGCGAUUUGGCGACUCAAGGAGAAAGGCUGCAGUCCUUGCUUAGCUGGAGAGACCCGAGAGCGACAGCCCUGUUUGUUCUGUUCUGUCUUGUUGCUGCCAUUGUCUUAUACGUUACACCGUUCCAAGUUGUGGCGCUGCUGACUGGAUUUUAUGUGUUGAGACACCCCAGAUUCCGGCAUAAGCUCCCCUCUGUGCCACUCAACUUCUUCAGGAGGCUGCCUGCAAAGACAGAUUGUAUGUUGUGAUAAGAGCCUGAUUACCGACCAAUGUCUGCAGCUCCCCUCCCAUAAUCUUGGAACGACCGUCAUCGACAUCAUCGACAUCACCAUGGUAUCGCUGUUUUUUCUGCAUUCGUCUCUCAGUUAGAUAAUCUAAUCAAGGCAGGGAAGAAAGGGAAAAAAAAAAAAAAAAAAAAAAAAGCAAAAGCACAGUCUUGUUUGCUUCGUGAAUCUAGAGUGUCUGAUUUUUUGUUCUUUUAUGUGUUUUUUCUUUUGUUUCCUUCCUCUGUGGAUCAUGUUAAACUCUUUUCAUAUGUCCAUAAAAUGCUGUUAAGCUCCCUCCCA